AUGAGGUUAAUCUUGUCAAAUAAACCAAACGUUAAUUAUAUUCAUUUCAAUUUAACACUCGCCCGACAUGCUGAAACAUAUGCGAAUGCAGAAGGUAUUAUUCAAGGUAUACUUGAUACAGAAUUAUCUAAUAUUGGCUGUCACCAAUCUAGAGCGCUUGGCUUACAUUUACAAUAUCACCGUUUUACACAUAUUUAUUCGAGCGAUCUUAAACGUGCUGCAGAAACAGCUCAUCUGAUUCAUCUACUAAAUCGUGUAUCAUCAUGCGAAAUCAAAUUCGAUAGUUUACUACGUGAACGAAUAUUUGGUAUUGCUCAAGGACGUACACGUCAAUGGUUACGCGAGUUAGCGAAAGAAAAUGGCGUUCCCUAUAUUAAUUUCACACCGUCGGGUGCUGAAACAACUGCGCAAGUUCGGAAACGUGCAAUAAAUUUUUUUGAAAACUUGUGUAAAGAAAUUUGUCUUAAAUAUGGUACAUCUACUUUACUGACAAAACAGGAUACUUCCCAACACCUGGCACGUUAUGUCUCAGCAGAAAAUCUAUUUCUUAAUCAAGAACUUUUAAAAAUUUCACAUAGAAUAUGUUCGAUAUCAACAGAAAAUAUUCAUUAUCAAUUAAUCAGUCCUAUUAUUUUAACAAGAUCAUGUGGAUCAUCGAUAGAUUCAACGUUGGAUCUUUCAUCGCCAUCAUCAUCUAUUUUAUCAUAUAAUAGUAGUAUUGAAAAACGACGCAUUUUCAGCAAAAACCUGACGGAUUUUCCAGAUAAAAAUGAUUGUUUAGAUCUUGACAUACUUGUUGUUAGUCAUGGAGCGGUUAUACGUGAAUUAAUUAAAUAUUUUGCAUGCGAUCUAAAAACAGACAUCGGACAACAUUUAGAGACUAUACAGGAACUAGCUCCAAAUACAUCCAUAACGCGUUUUCAAGUAUCAUAUUCAACAAAUGAACAGCAAAUACCAACAGCAACACUUCAGCUUAUUGAUUAUCAUAAUAAAACUCAUUUAAUUAAUGCAACCAAUGACGAAUAUAAUUUGGACACAACUAAUAUAUGUAGCUUUUAG